AUGCGAGGGGCCACUCUGCGUGUGGCCUCGGCUUCUGCUUCAUUGACAGAGAGGGUGAUGAAUAUAGCUGCCAAGUCACCACCUGUGGCUUUGAGUGGUCCCCAGUCACCACCUGAGGCUUUGAGUGGUCCCCAGUCACCACCUGUGGCUUUGAGUGGCUCCCAGUCACCAUCUGUGGCUUUGAGUGGCUCCCAGUCACCACCUGUGGCUUUGAGUGGCUCCCAGUCACCACCUGUGGCUUUGAGUGGCUCCCAGUCACCACCUGUGGCUUUGAGUGGCUCCCAGUCACCACCUGUGGCUUUGAGUGACUCCCAGUCACCACCUGUGGUUUUGAGUGGCUCCCAGUCACCACCUGUGGCUUUGAGUGGCCCCCAGUCACCACCUGUGGCUUUGAGUGGCUCCCAGUCACCACCUGUGGCUUUGAGUGGCUCCCAGUCACCACCUGUGGCUUUGAGUGGCUCCCAGUCACCACCUGUGGUUUUGAGUGGCUCCCAGUCACCACCUGUGGCUUUGAGUGGCUCCCAGUCACCACCUGUGGCUUUGAGUGGCCCCCAGUCACCACCUGUGGCUUUGAGUGGUCCCCAGUCACCACCUGUGGCUUUGAGUGGCUCCCAGUCACCACCUGUGGCUUUGAGUGGCCUCCAGUCACCACCUAUGACUUUGCGUGGCUCCCAGUCACCACCUGUGGCUUUGAGUGGUCCCCAGUCACCACCUGUGGCUUUGAGUGGCUCCCAGUCACCACCUGUGGCUUUGAGUGGCUCCCAGUCACCACCUGUGGCUUUGAGUGGUCCCCAGUCACCACCUGUGGCUUUGAGUGGUCCCCAGUCACCACCUGUGGCUUUGAGUGGCCUCCAGUCACCACCUGUGGCUUUGAGUGGCUCCCAGUCACCACCUGUGGUUUUGAGUGGCUCCCAGUCACCAUCUGAGGCUUUGAGUGGCUCCCAGUCACCAUCUGAGGCUUUGAGUGGCUCCCAGUCACCACCUGUGGCUUUGAGUGGCUCCCAGUCACCACCUGUGGUUGAUGGUCUGCUGAAGAAUCGUGCCACUGAAAACCCCCGAAACAAAGACUGUAAACAUAUGAAUCUACACAGUCCCCAAUGUCCUCGCAAGGAAGAUCGCCGUAGAGGCGAUAGUAAUGAGCCCAGAAGUCAUAUGCAGCUCGACAUCCAGAUCCUCCGACAAGCAAAGAGCACACUGCAGUCAUAUGCAGCAGGACAUCCAGAUCGCCUGAUAAACAAAGAACGUUCAACUCGACUCGAGGACCGUCGACUAACCAUCACGCUACAAUACCAAAAAUCGACAUAA